AUGGAAAAUAAAACAGUAGAUCAUAAUUUUCAUUUAAUUAAAGACUUAAAACCAUUUUUAAAUAACAUUUCUUUACAAUGUUUAAUUUUAAAAUAUAUAGAUGACCCUCCAGAUCAUAUAAAUAAUAUAAUAAAAUAUCAUUACCAUGUAGCAGACAAAAGUGGUUCUGUUAUUUUAUGCAUUCCUCAAAAUUUUAUACAAGAAGAGUUAGAAAAAUAUAAUAUAGAUAUUUUAAAUGAUGAUAUUGAUGAUUCAGUAGAAUUACAUGAGAAUAGAGAAUUUGAUACAUUUGAAAAUACUAAUACACUAAACGAUAAAAUCCAAUAUAAUCAUAAUAUAAAUAAAAAACCUAAUAAUUUAAAAAUUAUGAAAUAUUUUUUUCGAGUUGGUGAUAUUCUCAAAAUUACUGGAGCUGUAACUACUUGGUCGAUGGGGAAAAUGGUAAUAAUGCCAAAUACAAGAUCAAAGAAAAACAACUCUCAGGAAAUUCGAGGGUCAAUUGAAAGACUUGGCUUUUUUGUUAUGAAUAUAAAUGAAGAACCAAAUAUAAGUAAUAUAAUAAUUUCAACAACCGAAAAAAAAUAUCAAGAUAAUCGUCAAUCAAAUUAUAUAAUUCGUAACAAUGUUAUAAAUAAAACAUUAUAUAAUUUUAAAAAAAAUAAAUCUAGUAAAUAUGACAUAUUUCCUUUAUUUAAUAAUGAUAAUAUGCUAUAA